CCCCUCAGGUCCUGCCAGGGAGCUGUGCUGGAUGCAGCCAGCUCCUGCCCCGCUCCUCUGCUGCCACUCGCUCACAUUUCACUGAGCUGUGACCCCCGUGGGUUCACAUUGCCCUGAGCCCUGCAGUGGGGCAGACAGCAACCCGAACCCAGCAGCUGGGGUUUCAGAGGCAGGGCAGGGCGGCUGUGCUCCUGGGGUCACCUCCUCGUCUGUGGUCUGCCCCGCGGCAGACACGUGCCUCUCUGCGAGCCGAGGGGAUGCAGGGGCUCCGGGUAAGCCGGCCUGCUCCCCCUGCCCAGCAGCCGCCCUCUGCACCUCUCCCUGCCAGCUCUUGCCCUGCGCUGCCGGAGGCCGCCACCAUGACCCUCACCAAAGGCUCCUUCACCUACUCCAACGGGGAGGAGUACCGCGGCGAGUGGAAGGAAGGUCGCAGGCACGGCGUUGGGCAGCUGAUGUUUGCUGAUGGCACCGCUUACGUGGGGCACUUCGAGAACGGGCUGUUCCACGGCUGUGGCGUGCUCACCUUCUCUGACGGCUCCAGGUACGAGGGGGAGUUUGUGCAGGGCAAGUUCAACGGCGUCGGCGUCUUCACCCGCUGCGACAACAUGACUUUUGAGGGCGAGUUCAAAGGCGGGCGUGUGUACGGCUUCGGUCUCCUGACCUUCCCCGAUGGCUCCCACGGGGUGCCCCGCAACGAGGGCUUCUUUGAGAACAACAAGCUGCUGCGGCGCGAGAAGUGCCCGGCCGUCAUCCAGAGGGCCCAGGGUGCCUCCAAGUCUGCACACAACCUGACAGCGUGAUGGUGCCCCACGUCCCCUCCCGCCGCAGAAGGGACCCCCCCACUGGGCAUCAGCUGGCCCUGCCAUCCCCAGAGCAGGGAUGUGGCACUGCUGGGUGCCCCCCUGCCCUCUGUCUCCGCCAAGCCCCCCCUGCCAAACCCCCAUGGCUGGGGAGGACCCCUCCACCCAAGUGCCGCAGGGCAGCCGUGGUGCCUUCUCUCUCUGGCUAUAGCCCUGGCACCCGCUGGAGCAGCACGGGGACGGGGUGGCUGGGGCUCGGCUCCUCUGCCCCCAGGAAGACUGUGGAGCGCUGGGGCUGCUGGCCUGCUGCAGAGGAUGGAGCAGGGGUGUAGGGGCUGAGCCCUCACCCCACUGCCAGGGUGCCUUGGCUGGGAGCUGCUGGCUGGACCACGCGCUUGCAGAGCGGCAACUCCUAGCCCACUUCACUACCCUGGUUUCGAGGCAAGGUGGGCACCCUGUGGCCUGUCCCCCUUCUGGGUGACUGGCCAUCCCCCAGCUUGCCUGGGCAGGGUGACGUGGUGCCCUGAAAGGACCCAGCCUGCUCUCGGCCCUGGCAAUGGGCUGUGUCCCCCUCAUCCCUGUGCCUUGGGGACAUCUGCAGCAGUAUCCCCAAGAAAGGGGAUCAGGGAACACGCAGCCUGGCUAUGUCUGCUGCACACUGGGGGAGGGCUGGAGGCAUGGUGAGCUGGGAGCAGGGUCUGACAGAGCCCAGAAUGAGGGGCACAAGCAGGGCUGUGUAGGGGCCAGGGCUGGAGCAGGGGGUCCAUUCGGGGCAGGUGGGGAUAGGGGCACGGUGAAGGGGCAGGCAGGGUGGGCAGGGAGCACACAGCUCCCCAUCUUGCCCCCCACGUGCAUCCUUCAUCUCCCUUCACCCUGGUGCGGUCUGGCCGUGGUGCGGGGGUCCCGGCAGCCCUCGCAGCCAUGGCCUUCCCUGCCGGUCUCUGCCCGCACCGGUCCCGUGCCUUGCCGUGACCCUGCCUUGUGCUGCUGCCUGCACAGGCCUCAGCUGAGUAAAUCACGUUGCCAAACGCA